ACUGAGAAAAAAUAUUCUUCAGUCUCUGUGUUCAUAUAUUCCCUUUUGUUUCUUUCCUACAGAGAAUACCGAUGGCGGUUAAAGAGUUUCACUCGGAUCAAGAAGCAGGAAAUGAAGAAACCACCCUACUGCAGGUAGAUCCAUACGAAGAGGAAGAAGAAACCCUCUCUCUUUGUGACCUUCCCAUUUACAGUGGCUCCAGUUCAGAUAAAUGGCGUGGUGAUUUCUCGAAAGAAGAUGAAAAAAGCUCUGGUGAUGACGGCGAUGAUGAUGAUAACCUUUUCGAGUUCUUCAGUGAAGAAUUCAACUCUUCAAGUAACAUUGUAGCUGCAGAGAACAUAAUCUUCUGCGGAAAACUCAUUCCCUUCAAGGAUAUUCCUCCGCGUGUUGAUGAAUGCAAUAGCACUGCACGGAGGAGCGUGCAAAAGGGUAUAACAAAACGCGGUUCGAAGAGUUUUUCAUGUGACUACACGUCGACGGGGAAGGUGUCUCUGGUGAGGUGCACCACCAAGUCUCGGUGGUUUUUGUUUAUGUUCGGGAUGUCCAAGUUAUCUGGCACUACCGAGAUGGAGCUGAGAGACAUCAGAAACAGACAGAGCCGGAGGGGACCAGCGACGAUGUUUCCGGCUGCUGAAGACGGCGAAGAAGAUUCCGUUAAAGGGAAGAAGAGAAGCUGCAAGGGGGUGUGGAAGAUUUUGAAGUCAAUUACUAUGGUCUUAGGCUGCCGCAGUAGCAAGCUUGCAAACGACGUCGUAAAGGCUGCUUUGGUGUGAAUUUUCAACAUCGCACACCUGCCUCUACAACAUGCACUUGCCUCUACCAUUAUUAAUAUUUAACGAGAUUUUAUUUUUUUCUUCUCAUUAUAGAAAUAGAAAUGUGUGGUAAAAUGAUAGUGUUUUGUUAAAGUGCUAUUUGUGUAAGAAUAGUUGUGCAUAUGAACUAAACUCAAAGAUGCAGUUAA